AUGGCUCGUAGAAUGAGCUGGCGAGCCACAGUGGCUGCAAUUCUUACCAUCACUCCAACAAAAACCCAUUCUGCCCCAUGCGAUGCCCAACGCACUGGCAUGUUAUAUGCCGGAGGCUGUCCUCUACCCGGCGUGUGCAGCUGGGGGACUUGCAACACUAUCACUAUUGAACUCGACACUUACAACUGCGGAAAGCGUAAUAACUCCUGCGAAUCUGGGCAGCUUUGUGUUGCUGGUGGAUGUUACUCCCUUGAACUUGGACCAAGCCCACAGAACUGUUCUGCAGGCUGCCAACCUGGUCAAUGGUGUGAUAGUGGUAACUGUGCGACUAUCGAGGUGACGACCAACUCUCGUCGUUGCGGUAGCAAUAGCACCGAAUGCGGUCCAGGAUCACUGUGUGUCAACGAUGUAUGCCAAAAGAUCGACAUCGGCUCAGAUCCAACAUCUUGCGGGGCUUCCAACCAAACCUGCAGCUCUGGAAACUGGUGUCUUGAUGGUACCUGUGUCCCCUUCAUCCUCGGAACCAAGGUCCAGUCCUGUAAAAGGACUAGCGAAUGCCCCUUCGGCACUUCAUGUCGUGGUGGCUUCUGUCGCCAAAUCGCAAUCUCUGCCGAUACAUACAAUUGUGGUGAAGGUGCUUCGAAGAACUGCACCGCCGGUCAACUUUGUAUUUCUGGGCAAUGUCAAUCGCUAAACAUCACCUCAGAGGCUGAAACUACGAGUUGCGGUUCUUCUAAACAAGGCUGCGAUCCUGGUUCCUACUGCUCAAAAGACACAUGUUUACCCCUGUCCGUCUCGAUCGACUCCUCCCAAUGUGGCAGUAGUUCAUCACCUUGUAAGAGCGGCCAGAUUUGCGUCUCUGGCCAAUGCAUCAGCAAUCUGAUUGACCAAACAAAUACUCCAAGAGUCGCUUGUGGUUCUGGGUCUGGAGGACCUGGAGCACGUACUCCUGGCCGAGCUCAGAAUGCAGACGACAGUUCUCCAGGGGGAACGAGUGGCGGAAACGGUAGCAGUACCGGAGAUCCAAAUCAGCCAGAAGCUUCUGCUGAUAACGAUAGCCCAAGCGGGGACGAUCCGGGAGACUCGUCCACUGGUGAUGGAGCGACUUCAGCUCGACCGCAAGGAAGCUCCGAGGGAACCUCCGACAGCGGUACGGGUGCGAACAGUCCAGAUUCUGACUCUAGCUCUGGAAGUGAUGGACAGAAUGGGGACGCUUCUCCAGGCCAGAGCGACUCACAAGGACAGAAUGGCGCGAACAGCCCAGGCGCACCUACUUCUACCUGUACUCCGCCAUGCACUGGCAACUCUGUCUGUAUUAAUAGUCAGUGUUCUACUGUCCAGAGCUCUUUUGCUUGCGGUGCCUCGUCCAGCCGUCUUCUUCGCUUGCUGAGGCGCCAAGCGGCAGCGUGCCAACCAGGCUUUUCUUGUAUCAACAACGAGUGUGUCGCUACGACAGGACCAGUGAACUGCGGUGCAUUAGGAGUCAACUGCCCACUCAAUUACGCUUGCAUACAGAACUCUUGUGUCGCGCUUGACGAUCCAUCCACUUGUGGCGGUGACGUCUGUAGCAGUGGCGAGAUUUGCUUAGGCAAUGUAUGCACACCAAACGCUGCUUUGGCUAGCUGCAACAGUGUGUCUUGCGCCACUGGAGAAACGUGUCAGAAUGGAGCGUGUCUUGCUAUUGGUAACGCCGGUUCUGGAGGUACUACCAAUCCCCAGGUACCUGGUUCAAACGGCGACACCACUAACACCAAUGGUGAUGGUGCUUCAUUUGGUGAAGGGGCCAAUGCAAACCCAGGCAGGGGUCAAGGGAGCGGUGUCCCUGCAGACCCGGAGCCACAAAGCGGACAAGGUCAAGGUUCAGGAGGAGACAUUCCAAGCUCUGGAACUGGCUCAUUCCCAGGGAACGACUCUGGAUCAGGCAGUGACAAUGGGCCUGGUAGUGGAACAAACUCUGGCACUGGUUCAACUCCAGAAAACGGUUCAGGCGAUGAGUCUACUUCUGAUGGCGGUGCCAGUGGUAACUCAGGUAACGGAUCGAAUGACGGCAGCGGAUCCGGAGCAAAUUCGGGCUCAGGCUCAGACUCGGGAGAUGACUUGACAGGAUCACCUUCAGGCAACGGCCCGGGUUCUGGCAGCAGAAGCGACGAUAAUGCUGGUACUGAGCCAAAUGCAGGAUCUGGUUCAGGCAGCGGAACAGGUGGAAAUGGAAACAACUCAGGGACUGACCCAGUAACUGGUUCACCUGCUGGUAAUGGAUCCGACGCCGGCUCUAACACGGGAGAUGGUGAUGAUCCGGAUGGAAAUGAUGGCAAUCCUGGAACAGACCCUGUCACUGGUUUACCGUCUGGGAAUGGCUCUGGAUCUGGAGACGGCAAUGAUCCAGAUGCUAGCAGCACGACUUCGGAUGGUGCUAGUACGGGUCCCGAAAGCAGUACGACUACUUCAAGAACUGGCUCAAGCCAGAGUGAUGGUUCUGAUGGAGACGACCCUGGAGACGACAGCACUGAAGACGGUGGCGCUGGAGGUAGUGUCUCACAGACUGCACGGCCACCUAACCUUACCGGAGAACCUCAAGGAAAUGGUUCAGGUGGUGAUGACGACUCUGACGCAAGUGAUUUGGAACCAUCUAGCACAGAAGCAGACUCUGGCCCUGUAGAGUCGAAUGGUGCAUCGCCAUCCGGGGGCGAUGGCUCUGGAACAGCAGGUCCCACGGACGACCUAUCACAAAGUUCAAUCUUAUCUGAAGGUGCACCUAUUGUCAACCCCGGUCCAACUUCAACGAUGUCGUCAGUAGAGGCCACUAGUACUAGUACCGGACUUACUGGAGUUCCUCAGGGGAAUCCAUCAAGUCGAGAUUCUGGAGAUAAUGGCUCGUCAACUACAGAAGUCAACAGCGACGGCAGUGGCUCGGAAUCCUCACCCACAACUAGUAGCGAUGGAGAUGGGCUGCCAACUCAGGAAUCCGGAACAGAUGGAUCUUUAACUACUUCUACAGUGGAUGGUACAAAUCCUGAAGACCAGACAACCACAACAGGCAGUCUACCCUCCGAGACUGGCUCUAUCCCAUGUACUGUGGAUGAGGAUUGUAUUGGACUUUCUACCGGGCUGUGUGCACUCUCUGAUACAGCUUGUGUUUGCCUCGAUUCUAUUUGUCAACCAGACCCUGACGUUAGCAGUCCCUCUGGUAGCUCAGGUCAAGAAGCUGAGACAACUGGAACCUCUGAUGCCGAGACAAUUGGAGCUGAGCCAACCGACACUGAGCCAACCGACACUGAGCCAACCGGAGCUGGGCCAACUAAUGGACAGUCACCAGCAGUCACAGAUCCUGGCUCUUCACCUACCGACGGGCCCCUGACGCCAUGCUCAGAGGACAGCGACUGUAUCCUCGAUGUUGAUCUUUGUGUUGUCGCAGGAGUCAACAUUUGUGGUUGUGUAAAUGGUGUCUGCGUUGAGACCACCGACCCUGAUGGCGUUUCCUCACUACCUGGCAGUUCUACAACAACUUCCCAGACGCAGGACGCGGGAAAUCCAGAGCCCACAGAUGGCACAGGCGUCACACCAUGUUCUGAAGAUGCCGAUUGUGUGGCAAAUGCUGCACUGUGUCUUGAUGGCCUACUGAACCUUUGCGCUUGUGUUGACGCUGUCUGCGUUUUAGCAACUGCUUCUGGCGACAACACUGUGUCAGCAACUAGUACCGCUUCUCAGACUCAGGACACAAAUGUCUCCGUACCUACUGACGGUACUGAAACCACAAUUUGCAACGAAGAUGACGACUGUGUUGCGAAUGCUGGUCUAUGCCUCAGUGGAGCGUUGAACAUUUGCGCCUGUGUCGACGCUGUUUGCGUCCCUACCAUUGAUCCUGACGGCAAUCUUACAUCACAGACCCAAGACGCAGACCCUUCUACAGGAACAAAUGGCGCCGAGGUCACAGCCUGCACUCAAGAUAGCGAUUGCGUGGCAAAUGUGGGAUUAUGCCUUGACGGUCUAUUGAACCUUUGCACUUGCGUCAAUGCUGUUUGUGUCCCAGACACAGCCCCUAGUAGCACUCAAUCUGCUGAUGGCACAGGCAAUACGGCAACUCCUGGCGGAGAUGGAUCAGGCACUUCAGUGGCAUGUUCUUCAUCUGACGACUGUUUUGCCGAUACAUCAUUAUGCUUAUUAGGUGGACUCAAUUUGUGUAUCUGUCUGAACGCGGUGUGCGUUGUAGCCAACCCCAAUUCCAGCAACAGUGGAAAUGAUGGGGAUGUAUCAACUGACGGGGAUUUAAGCGGGACAAACCAACAAGUUUCCUGCACAACAGACAGUCAGUGUACAGCCGCUCUUGGACUGUCUGUACUGGGUAUCUACGCCUGUGUAGACCUCCUUUGUCAGCUUCAACCUACUGCGAGCUCCACGGAUGGAAGACUGUCAGCCUCAGAAACAGGAACUGAUAGCGAGCCCACGACUGUUAGUGAAGUGGAAUGCUCAACAGAUUCAGACUGUGUGGUUGCUAUCGGCACUGACGCCUUGGGUCUGUUUGCUUGCAUCGAUCUCAUUUGCCAACAGACUGCAACAGCAACAGGAGCUGUUCCCUCGGCCACCGGACCUUCUUCUACAAGUAAUGCAGUUGGCCUCGAAUGUUCCUCCGAUAAUGAGUGCGCUGUAGCGCUUGGUACGGGAGGUUUGGGCAUAUUCGCUUGUGUCGACGCGCUUUGCCAACGAGUUUCCAACACUAAUACCGGGUUUGCCACUGUUACGACUGGCACUACUCCUGCCCCAACUGGUGACUCAAGCGAUACAGGCGGCGAUAACUCUGUAUCCUGCUCUAGUAACUCUGACUGCACAGUGGCAGGCGAGACAUGCUCUUCUGGCGUCUGUCGCGCAGCAACUUCAAGCGCUGGUAGCGGAAACGAUGGGUCGUGCGACGACGCUACUGACUGCCUCUUAUCAGUCAACCCACUGUGUCUAGCCGGUCUUUGUGUCUGUCUCAAUGGCGUCUGCGGCCCUGACUCGAGCCAGAUAGACACUUGUACAUCAGAUACGCAGUGCGACAGCGGGAAAACGUGCCAGGCAGGUGCGUGUGUCGACGAGGUUACUUGCGACACGCAACAAGACUGUGUAGCUGGCAUUGAUUUAUGCACGUUUCUGGGUAUUUGUGUGUGUGUCGAUGGACUGUGCCGUUUGCUGUAA